UUUUGAGAGAGUGCGAGAUGGAGAACGACAUGCAGAAGCAACAACAUAACAACCAUGGUGGUGAUGGAUCAUUCAAACUAGUCGGUCAUGGAAAUUUCACAAGAACAAAUCCAAGAUCCGACAAAUUUCAUGUCAAGAAAUUCCACCACGUCGAGUUUUGGUGUAGUGAUGCAAUCAAUGUGGCUCAACGAUUUUCAUACGGGCUUGGCAUACCAAUUACAGAAAAAUCUGACCUUUCCACGGGGAAUAUGGUGCAUGCAUCUUAUCUGCUCCAUUCAGGUGACCUUAACAUCCUCUUUACAGCUCCUUACUCUCCUUCGGUGGCUGAAAUACUAACUCGCACAACUUGUACUACUGCCUCUGUUCAUACUUUUAAUCAUUCCAUGGCUCGUUCAUUUUCCACUUCACAUGGUCUUGGUGUUCGAGCAAUUGCUGUAGAAGUCGAAGAUGCAGAGUCUGCAUUCAAUAUCAGCAUUUCGUGUGGUGCCAGAUCAUCACAUCCUCCAAUGGAAAUCAAUGAUGGUAUUAUCAUCUCGGAGAUUGAACUCUAUGGAGAUGUUGUUCUGCGUUACAUUAGCUUCAAAAAUUCAAAUCUUGGUCUCAAUUUCUUGCCAGGCUUCAAAGGUAUAAAUGAUGAGGAACCAACACUUGCUUCAAAGGAUUUAGAGGAUUUUGGGAUACGACGCUUGGAUCAUGUAGCAGGGAACGUAAUGAAUUUACCGGAAGUUGUUAAAUAUGUGAAAAUGUUUUCUGGGUUUCACGAGUUUUCUCAGUUUACCAUAGAUGACCUAACAGGAGUAAUUGAGAGCGGUUUGAAUUCAGCAGUACUGGCGAAUAACGGAGAAUCAGUGCUGCUGAAUAUAACAGAACCGGUGUAUGGUACAAAGACAAAGAGUCAAAUUCAGACGUAUCUUGAACACAACCAAGGUGAAGGAGUAGGGCAUAUGGCAUUUGCUAGUGAAGAUAUAUUUACGACAUUGAAAGAAAUGAAAAAAAGAAGCCGUCACGGGUUUGAAUUUAUGCCACCACCACCAACAACUUACUACAAAACUUUGAAGCAUAGAAUUGGAGAUAAUGUUUUGAAAGAUGAACAGAUAAAGGAGUGUGAAGAGUUGGGGAUUUUGGUAGAUAAAGAUGAUCAAGGAGUUGUAUUUCAAAUCUUCGCCAAGCCUGUGAGCGAUAGGCCAACAAUACUGGUAGAGAUAAUACACCGGAUUGGAUGUAUGGUUCAAGAUGAAGAAGGUAAUAUUGUCCAAAAAGGAGGAUGUGGAGGAUUUGGCAGAGGAAACAUCUCAGCUCUAUUUAAAUCUGUCGAAGAAUACGAGAAGAAUGACAUUUAUCCCAACUCAGAAUAACUGCUAUUAUUGCUGCUGCUCCUCCUACUACCACGGCACUACCACACUAUAUAUACUAUUACUACUACCACCACCACCACCAUUACUACUGCAACUACUACUACUACGACUAAGCUAUGUAUGAAGUCGGUAUAUAAUGAAAUAAUGUGCA